ACGACCGCGGCCAGGCCGGCCAUGCGCUCCGCAGACGCCGCCCGGCCCGCGCCGCCGCUCGUGCGCGUGGCCCCCGCGCUGUUCCUGGGCAGCGCGCGCGCGGCGGGCGCCUCGGAGCUGCUGCGGGACCUGGGCGUCCGGCUCUGCGUCAACGUCUCCCGCCAGCAGCCGGGGCCGCACGCGCCCGGGGUGGCCGAGCUGCGCGUGCCCGUGCUGGACGACCCCGCCGAGGACCUGCUGGCGCACCUGGAGCCCACCUGCGCCGCCAUGGAGGCCGCGGUGCGCGCCGGCGGAGCCUGCCUGGUCUACUGCAAGAACGGCCGCAGCCGCUCGGCCGCCGUCUGCACCGCCUACCUCAUGAGGCACCGCGGCCUCAGCCUGGAGGAGGCCUUCCGGAUGGUCAAGAGCGCCCGCCCGGUGGCCGAGCCCAACCCGGGCUUCUGGUCUCAGCUCCAGCAGUACGAGCAGCUGCUCCAGGCCCGGCCCCCGGACGACGAGGGGCCCACCGCAGCGGUCACCCCACCGGCCCCCUGAACCGUC